AUGAAGUCCGCCCUCGCCUUCACCGUCCUGGCCACGCUCGCCGCGGCAGCUCCAGCGCCCGCGAAGCAGGCUGAGAGCCUGAACUUCCAGAAGCGCCUCGAUGGGCCCGUCACCGUCCCCCUGAAGCACGCCAGUAUGCGCGGCAUCGGCGCGUUCGAGAAAAGCAAGCUCCACCUCGCUGCCAAGUACCCACAGUUCUUCGACAACGAAGCACUCGAGACACUGCAGAAGCGUGCUGGCGAUCUGCAGCUGCACGACGUUGAGCCCGACCAGCUGUGGGUUGCUCCUACCUCAUUUGGCACUCCCCCGCAGGACCUGCCCCUCCUCGUCGACACUGGCUCCGCCGCACUGUGGGCUUUCAGCACCAAGUGCCAGGGUUGCGGGACUGGAGCGUUCGACGUGACCAAGUCGUCGACGUUUGUCAACACAUCCGAGCCCGCCUCGUACGCGUACGGUUCGGGUGCGACCACCAUCCAGGGCUGGCACGUCAAGGACACUGUGGGAAUCAGCGGUGUGACGACGGAGAAUGCCGAGUUUGCCGUCAUCGACGCCGAGACGAACGCGAAGCUGGACAAGACGAGCGCCGGGCUCAGCGGUUGGUCCUGGCCCUUCACGGACGAGGACGGCAAGAUUGCCAACCCCGUCCCCUACAUCCAAGCGAAGAACAAGCAGUGGUCUGAGCCCGUGUUCGGCGUCUACCUGAACCGCAAGAACCCUCGUGCCGAGGCGCACGGCACGCAGUCCAAGGGCGACGGCGCGCUGACCGUCUCGGGCGUCGACCACCAGUACUUUGACGGCGAGCUCACAUGGACGCCCCGCAGGGAGGACAAGAAGCGGGCCGAGUUUGCGUGGCUCAUCGACUUCCCCCACUUCACCGCCAACGGGAAGCAGAGGGACCUGGACCCGAGCUCGCUCGCGAUCCUCGACACGGGCACGACGCUCGUGUUCGGCCCGCCCGACGACGUGCGUGCCUUCUGGUCCAGCGUCCCCGGGGCCAUCGACAACAACGACGGCACCUGGACCGUCGACUGUAACCGGACCGACAUCAAGGCCUCGUUCAACCUCGCCGGCAAGGACUGGGAGUUUGACCCCACCGACCUCAUCUUCGAGGACGAGCCGGGCAAGUGCUUCGGCGCCAUCAUCUACCAGAUGAGCAUGUGGCCUCUCGGUGCCAAGUGGCUCGUCGGCGGCACGUUCCUCAAGAACGUCUACACGGCCUUCCAAUACGACCCGCCUCAGGUCGGCCUCGCCAAGCUCAAGGAAGGCCUGUAA